GGCCCGCGUAGCCCGCGCAGCCCUCACUCGCCGCCGCGCCUCGGAGUUUGAGCCCCGCGCAGCCCGAGCGCAGGCACGCCCGGGGCGCGGGGUCGGAGCGCGCAGCGCGGCGCCGCCCCCCGGCCCUCGGCCCCCCAGCCCCUGGAGCCCCCGGAGCCGCGCGCCGAGGGAGGAGGGCGGGCGGGCGCGGCGGGCCGGGCCGGCGGGCGGCGGACUAUGAGGCGCCCACCAUGGUGCGAUGCGACCGCGGGCUGCAGAUGCUGCUGACCACGGCCGGAGCCUUCGCCGCCUUCUCGCUCAUGGCCAUCGCCAUCGGCACCGACUACUGGCUGUACUCCAGCGCGCACAUCUGCAACGGCACCAACCUGACCAUGGACGACGGGCCCCCGCCCCGCCGCGCCCGCGGCGACCUCACCCAUUCGGGACUGUGGCGGGUGUGUUGCAUCGAAGGCAUCUAUAAAGGGCACUGCUUCCGGAUCAACCACUUCCCAGAGGACAACGAUUACGACCAUGACAGCUCCGAGUACCUCCUCCGCAUUGUGCGAGCCUCCAGUGUCUUUCCCAUCCUCAGCACCAUUCUGCUCCUGCUUGGAGGUCUCUGCAUUGGCGCUGGGAGAAUCUACAGCAGCAAGAACAACAUUGUCCUCAGCGCAGGAAUCCUCUUUGUGGCUGCAGGUCUCAGUAACAUCAUCGGUAUCAUCGUCUACAUUUCCAGCAACACGGGCGACCCCAGUGACAAACGUGACGAAGACAAAAAGAACCAUUACAACUACGGCUGGUCUUUUUACUUUGGAGCCCUGUCAUUCAUUGUGGCGGAGACCGUGGGCGUCCUGGCUGUAAACAUUUACAUUGAGAAAAAUAAAGAGUUGAGGUUUAAGACCAAACGGGAGUUCCUUAAGGCCUCUUCCUCCUCUCCUUAUGCCAGGAUGCCGAGCUACAGGUACCGGCGACGGCGGUCCAGGUCCAGUUCAAGGUCCACUGAGGCCUCGCCCUCCAGGGAUGCUUCUCCCGUAGGCCUGAAGAUCACCGGGGCCAUUCCCAUGGGUGAGCUGUCCAUGUACACACUGUCCAGAGAACCCCUCAAGGUGACCACAGCUGCCAGCUACAGUCCAGACCAGGAUGCUGGCUUCCUGCAGAUGCAUGACUUCUUCCAACAGGACCUAAAGGAGGGUUUCCAUGUCAGCAUGCUGAACCGGCGGACAACUCCUGUGUGACCUACCCACCCCUUUCGGCAUAGGCCUCCCCCAAGGUGGCUGUUUGUGUGGCACAGAACAGGGUGGCCCUUAAGAUUAUAGACAGUGAACUGGAGCUGAGUGCAAUCCUCCCUGGCCUCCAGAAGAUGCCGUGGGCUGGGUCAGAGUGAGGGAAGUUGGUAGAUUGGAAUCAGGAACAAGGUAGAAACCGAAGGCUGACUUUCUCCCAAGACAGGAUGUUUUGCUGCCCUCUGGGUUUUGGAACUUCUCAAGAGGCCCAAGAAUUUUCCAGAAGCUGCAUCAGCCUGCCUCUUGGGAACCAAGAAACCAGUCAUGCCAGAUGUCAAACAUGUCCCCCUUCACUGGGUGCUGGGCCACAGGAAGGCUUCUCCCAGACACUGGGACCUCUGGGCUCCCAUCAGCUGUUUCCUGCCCAGAAGUUCCUGUGUCCUGGCAUGAAAUGAGCUUAAGCUCAUUCCAUUUCCCUCGGCCUCUGUCUGGCACCCUGGUGGAGCUGGUGGUUGUAAAUAUCAUCCAUCCUGAGGAGAGAGCUCUAUGGCUAACUGGUGCUUCAGCCUUGAGCUGCCCUGGGGCUGGCUUCUCUCCAUAUCAGGAGACCAGGAAUCCAGGACAAAUUCAGAGGCUCUGCUGGCUUUCCUACAUGCUUCUGGAAGUUUCUGCUGAGCUCAGAAUGAACAGGACAUACUGACUAAUCUUGGAGGUCUGGAGGAUGCCAUGGAUCUGAGGGAAGGUGGGUAUGUGGCCUUUGACUCUGUCCCUCCACACUGGCCUGAGGAACCACUCUGUCCCCUGAGCAUCAGAGGGCCCUGCUGGGUCAUGGAACCAUAGCCCCACCUCCAAACUCAUGUUCUCAAACAGAUAUACAAGCUUAAGUGCAAGAAAGGGAAACUUGAGAGUGGGUAGAGACCAAAAAGAAGGAAGAAAGAGCAUCCAUUUCCGAGUGGCUAUGAAUCGUGGCGUACUGAAGAACAUCAGCACAAGAACAAGCUCUACUCACCUCUUUAUCCUAAAACAGAGCGACAACAUCUCCCCUGACUCCUGCCGUUAUAAUUUAUUUUGCCCACACCAGGAUUCGGUGAACAUUUGACUUGAGGGGCCAUGCUGGGCUUUCUGUCUUUGCCUGAAUCCAAGGAUGAGUUCUGUGUCUGACAGUUUGUCUAACCGAUCCCUCUCUUCCUCUUGAGGUGAACAAACAAACAAACAAACAAACAAAAACCACAUGAGUGUGUACAGGUUAGAAAGAACUCUCCGGAAAGCGAAACUCACCCUCUUUUUCUACAACACGCGUGCUUUCUAAGGAUCAGUCGUUUCUUACUUUUUGAGACUUCUUAAUCCGAUUUUGAACAGUCAUCUGUGACCCCGGUAACUGUCUCACUUAGAAGUGACAAGCCAAUUCUUACCUCAGUCACCUGCUCAUGGAGCCUCCCCGCCCCCUAGGCUAACUCAGAGUUCAGGCGCAGGUCCAUUUGUCCUUUCCUGCCCCACCACCACCACCACCACUGGAAGAAGACAACCCAUAUCAUAGCUCCAGCCAGUGGCCUAUGAGCUGGUGAGCUGAGACGUGAGCAUGCCAAGGCUCCUUUGUGCUUGCUCAAAACCAUUCCCUCCUGGCCAGGUUGGCUUCUCAGUAUGUAUUGAAGCAUGCAGCAGUGAGCGCCAGUGUCAAGACAUGUGUGGCCUGUCCCUGCUGCAGGCCUUCUCCCUGCCUCCCUCCCACCCACCCUCCCCUCCUCUACCACCAUUAUAACGUCUAAUGAGGCUGAAGGAAGCCCCAGCCCCCAGGGAGACCCAGGACCUGUCUGAUGUCUCUUCUGGCAAUAGAGCAAGCAGCCUGUGGUAAACUUCCACACAAGACACCACCACCCCCAACUGUGAUCCCAGAAGUUUCCAUGAUUCCACAUAAGAAAGGUGUUCCGAUGGCUCCUACCUCUUGUCGGCUUCCAGGCAGAGUGUACAGGCCCACUCCAGGGACCGAGAAGGAGUUAGGAAGAAAAGAGACAGGGGGAUAGAGCACAGGGAGAAGGCGACCCCAGCCCUCACAGCCUGUCUCCCACUGACUGCCGGCCUCAUUCUGGGGACCCUGGUCUCCAGCUUCCCCCUCCCUGUGGGACAGAGGGAGUAGAGCUGGACCCUACUGCUGACAGGCUCAGAUCUGGCUCCUUCUCUGAAGGGACAUGCAACCUGAACCCACCUUCCCACCCUUCCUCUGUCCCAACCCCCCACCCCCUGUGUGUUUCACCAGUUAAGCCCCUGUGACCCUGUACUCAUCAAUGGUUUGGGAUUGUUAGUUCUGUCUUUUUUUUUUAAAUAAAUAAAAACAUUUUUAAAA